AUGACACAGAACAGCAAUAGUUCGAGUUGGCGCUCUUUUCGUCCCUUUCGGCGCCGAACCCGUCAGCUUACCUCCAUUGCCUCCACAGCUAAUGAUGCCACGGCUGCCACUACAAAUACCCCAAAAAGGACAAGCAUGGGUUCAAUGACCGCCCAGUCAACUUCUCCAUUUAUGGACAAAGAAGCUUCCGUCUCCGCUGGUCCUGAACUUUCUGCUGUGAAUGGAUCACGUGCAACGGAAAACACAGAUAAAGGUGCAGGCAUAUUUCCAGAGGAAUCAGCCCCUACUUCUCAUUCUGUAACCUACUCUCCUUAUCGGCGUCGUAGUACUCUCAACUACGGACUAACUGGCGAGUUGCGAGUUACUCGAGAGUUUCAGCGGCACCUCAGCGCUCUCGACGCUGCCUUCGACAAUAUGGUUAUCCAGGCAAACCACGCGCUCGGAUUGAUAGGCGAUAUUUUGGCACAUUCUGAUGGUGAAACUGGCAAGCAAGCUGUCACUGUCUCCCAUGAUUCACUGUCCGGCCUUCAGUCCUCUAUUGACGCACUUGUGGAGGCGUGUCAAAAGACCAUGGCAGCCUGGACUACCUCCAUGGAGUGGUUUCAUCGGCGACUUGCCUCAGAGUACGACAAAGGUUCACGCUUGGAGCGCACAAUCGAACAACUGGCUAAGCAGCACAGGGCACUCGAGAUGCAGCUCUACUCCAGCUACGCGUCUCUCGGUAGCAACCGACUGAAUUCCCCUCUCCCCACUGAUCACUCAUUUUAUCGUGAUGCUGCCCGACGUAUGCAUUCGUGUAGUAGCAUGGACGAGGUGUUCUACGACGCCGAGAGCUGCAUCUUCCAAUCUCCGGGUCGAUCGGAUGGCUCUGGCGACUGCGGCGACAGCGAUACAAUGUUGCAGCCGUCAUGUGCUUCGCUCGGAAGCCUCAAGAAUGUAGACGAAUCUUCAGGCAGCGAGGAGGACGAUGUGGUCGCGGCAACUUCUAAAGAGGGUUUAUUCACCAUGCCUAGUGGUCGCCCUUCCUUCACUGCCGGACCUCCUACUCCUACUACCGCGCAGGCUGCUCACACAUGUCAUCUUGUUCUGUGUCCCGGUCCCCAUGUCACGGAACUCCAGCGCAUCACCCAGGCUAGCUCUAAUGGCAUUGUUGAAGCUGUCAACGACCCAGAUGAAAAACAACAAGACAAUAACGUCGUGAGUGGCAAAGUGACAAGUAAGGAAGUAGCGUCUUCAUCCCAAGCUGGUCAGGUUGACAAUGCCAGUGUGGCUCCCAGAACGUCUACUCGCCAACGUCGAACCUCAAUCCCUCCUCGUCCACGCAUCUCUCUGAAUCUCUGGGGUGUUCUAAAGAACUGCAUCGGUAAAGAGCUUUCUCGGAUUCCUCUUCCGGUAAGCCUAGCGACUGUUUCAAAGUUCCGUUCUGAGUCUCAUUUACUUUCUCGGAUACCUUUUAGAUCAGAGAUAAUGUAG